AUGAAGCCUACCGGGCCUGAUCUAUCAUUCGAGGCAUCCCCCGUCAAUGAUGUCGCCCUCGCACCGAGGUUGUCGACGAUCAGGACUGUGACGCUCGCCACCGGGAUGCUGCUGACGUACUUUCUUGGGGCAGCAUCAACAGGAUCAGUCACCAUCCUGAUACCGAGAAUGGCCAGCGAUCUCGGCAAGACGGAGCUUGAGACUCAAUGGGUUGCUUCGGCAUAUACAUUCGCUUUUGCUUGCGGCCUCAUCUUCUCGGGCAGACUCGCAGAUACUCUGGGACGAAGAAAGCUCUAUCUGGCCGGCUUAACGAUAUAUGCCGUCUUUGCUGUUGUCACUGGGGUGGUCAAGAAUCGGGUCGCACUCAGCCUGUGUCGAGCCAUGUCUGGGCUGGGAAUGUCUAUCGCCUCACCCGCCGGAUUUGGCAUCAUCGGGGCUACGAUUCGUCAUGAACCCGCGCGGACUAUAGCUUUUGCGGCUUCAGGUCUCGGCAACCCUAUAGGGGCGGUCUUUGGGAAUCUCAUCGGCGGACUAAUGGCCAGCAUCGGGCCAAACGGCUGGUCAUACCUGUUCUUCCUCCUGGCGGGUCUUGCGGCCCUUCUACUCGCUGGCGCAUUCUUCAUUGUCCCCUCUGACCCCGACGUCGGGAAGAAGUUUGACGAGCGCAUUGACUGGACUGGCGGGCUUUGCGUCACCGCGGGCAUCUGCUUGUUCACUUUCAGCCUCACCGAGUCUGGGAUAGCGGUCGAUGGCUGGAGAGCAUCCUAUGUUCCCGCUUUGCUCGCGACAUCACUCGUCCUCCUCGCCGUCUUUGUACUCUGGUCACUUCAUCUCGAGCAUCGGACGACAUUUCCGCCGAUCUUCAAGAUAUCGGUCUUCACCCGCCGGCACGGGCUGGUGGGUAUCACCCUGGCGUGCGUCCUGUUGAUCAGCAUGUGCAUCUUGGCCUGGAUCUACACAACGUCCAUCUUCUGCCAGAAUUACAAAGGCUUGUCGCCGCUGGCCAACGCCCUGGCCGUUCUCCCUGCGCCUAUCGUCGGUCUAUUCGCGGCGGCAGCCGUAGUCCUUCUCGCGCCUCGCGUGAGCACGCCACACAUCCUAUGCGUCGGCUCGGCAAUGACAGCGGCUUCAUCCAUCAUGUACGCCGCCUGGCCAGAAGGGACCAGCUUUUGGGCUUUGGAGUUUCCAGCGCAGCUCAUCCAUCCUUGGGGGACCGACUUCGUCUUUGGCCUGGGCAAUAUUCUGAUGUCCAACCUGGUCGACCAAAACGAGCUGUCUGUCGGCGGAGCGUUGUUUCAGACGUCCGGUCAAGUCGGCGGCGCCCUCGGGAUCUGCCUCAGCUCGCUCAUUUCGUCGGAAAUCGCAGAACAGGCAGGUAGCGUCCUAGCGGGCGUGCGAGCUGCCUUCUACUUUAGUGCCGCCUGUGGCUUCGCCGUUUCGGUCAUCGCUCUGCUCGGAUUCAGGAACGUCAAGCUGGCCAAGGACGUCGGACAGAUACAGUAG